CCCGAAAGCAACAACGACGAUGUCUGGUUAGCCGAACAAGUUAACGUGAAGAUCAUGAUGGCUGAUUUGGGUUUGGACGAACCCAAGCCGGUUAUCCCUUGUCCAAAGCCAGCUGAUAUGAAGUCGGAAAACCCCAAGCCGGCUAUCCCUUGUCCAGAGGCAGCUGAUGUGAGGUUGGAAACCCCCCAGCCAGUCACCCCUCAUCCAAAGGCAUUAGCGCCGGUCAGACAGCCCAGGUCACCACCACGCGGUGGAUUUGGCAAAUGGCGAGGCAGAGAACGUGGUAAGGCAGCACGUCAAUAGUCG